UGUAUCCGGAAGUGUUUCUGUUUUGCGAUUGCCCGGCUCACCUGAGAAAAAAUAAUACUAAUAUUGAUAAUAAAUUAUAACCAUUUUUGUUGUUGUCGUUGUUGUUGUUGGUGUUACCAUACAAAGAAUCCUCACUUGGAUGACUCACAGACGACUCACCAAGACAAACACACCUUUAUGAAAUCGGAGAUGUUACUUUGGAGAAUUGAAUAAGAUCAGCCCCCUUAAGAAAAAGAAAGAAAAAACAAAAAGAAAAAAAAAAGGAACAACCUAACCACAUGAGAAAGGGCGGUGCCUCUUAUUUCACGAAGUUGACACUCCAUACCUGAACGAACAGAAAGCUUGUAGCCAUGGGGGACGUGGCCAAGGGGAAAAAGGUGUUUGUAUUAAAAUGUUCCCAGUGUCACAGCGUGGAGGAAUGUGGAAAACACAAAGUGGGGCCAAACCUGUGGGGUUUGUUUGGGAGGAAGACUGGGCAGGCACCGGGCUUUUCUUAUACACAAGCAAAUAAAGACAAAGGUAUUAUAUGGGGUGAAGAGACUCUGAUGAUCUACCUUGAAAACCCAAAGAAGUACAUUCCCGGCACCAAGAUGAUCUUCGCCGGUCUCAAAAAGAAAAAAGAGAGACAGGAUAUCAUCGCAUAUUUAAAGGACGCCACCUCGCCCAAAUAGACGCACGACGUAGCUGUGGACACUUUCAGAAAGAUUCUCUUGAACAAUGAUAUUAAACUAUUCAUCAAAUAAAAAAUGGUCACCCUCAUCACUUAUUAAACACUGAAAUGAAAUGAAAGUACAAGGUAGAAGAAUAGUUUUUGAUCAAGUUCUUCUUUAUUUAUUUAUUUUUUUUAUUUCUGAAAGCCUUCUUACUUCUUUGAUAAACUCAUUGACGCUGCACUUCCUAUUUUUGUUAUUUAUGUAUUUAUUUUCAUCA